UGACGUAAACAACGAGAUGGCGACACCAAGAAGAGCUGCUUCACUAUCUUACAGUUUAACUUUAAGAAAAACUAUCUUAUUGUUGUUUUGUAUUUCUCUACCGGUUUAUUCUACAGCUAAUAGAAAUGACAGACCCAUCAUUGGUGUCCUGGCUCAGGAAAUUCGUUACCCCAAAGCAAAUCAAACAUCUUACAUUGCUGCCUCUUAUGUCAAGUUCCUGGAGUCAGCAGGAGCGAGGGUUGUGCCCGUCAUGAUUAACCAGACACCGGAGGAGUAUAAGACACUGUUCAACUCCAUUAACGGGAUCCUUUACCCAGGCGGAAGUGCCAGCAUCACAUCAUCUGGUUAUCAACGAGCUGCUAAAGUCUUUUAUGAUCUUGCUAUUGAGGCAAACAAGAGAGGCGACUAUUUUCCUGUGUUUGGCACCUGUCUUGGUUAUGAGCAGCUGACCGUUUUGACGAGUGGAAUGAACUUACUGUCACGUACCGAUACGAAUGGUGUGCCAUUACCUCUGAACUUUACUGAUGAAGCCAAAGACAGCAGGAUGUUUAAAGAUGUGCCAGCUGAACUCAUGGAAGAACUGGCUUCUGAGCCACUGACUGCAAAUGUUCACAAGUGGAGUUUGUUAAUGUCGACUCAAAACACAAAUGAGAAGCUGAAAAACUUUUACAAAGUUCUCUCCACGAAUAUGGAUGGAGAAACAGAGUUUGUGUCAACGGUGGAAGCAUAUGAGUACCCAAUUUAUGGGACACAGUGGCAUCCAGAGAAAAAUGCAUUUGAAUGGAAGAAGUCUUACGUUCCACACUCUCCAUCAGCAGUCAGGACCUCCUACUACAUGGCUGAAUUCUUUGUCAAUGAAGCCAGGAAGAACUUUCACAGAUUUGAAUCUGACGAGGAGGAGACUAAAGCGCUGAUAUACAACUAUAAUCCUGUUUACGUUGGGCCUGAGAGUGUCUUUGAGCAAAUCUAUUAUUUCUGAUGUCUGUUUGCGGAACACUUUUCCUUUUUCAAUAGCUGAUUGGCUGUCUCAGUCACGUGACUCGUAAAUGUUUGCAGAUAAUUUUACUUGUUUGUUUGCAUUUGCUGCUCAUUCCAUCUGUAACUAAACAAGUAUUAAGUAAAAAAUGUCAAAUUGUGCUUUGUGGAUGCCGGGUUUACAGCUGAGUGAAUAAAUGCUAUAACAGAA